GGCACCCUUUGGUUCAACAUUGGCAGCGUUGAUUCCUUCGAACGCAACCUGGAAAAUGCACAAACCGAUAUGAACAUUGAACCGGUGAAUUUCGUUCCGGUCAUUUAUCGUAGCGAAAUAGAAGCUGCUAGUCUUACCGGCCUCUUGCCGACUCUGUUGAUCAUCGGUUUCCUGAUCUACAUGAUGCGGCGGUCAUCGGAAAUGAUGGGCGGCCGGGGCGGACGUAAAGGCGGUGGCCUGUUCGGUGGAGUGAUGCAGUCCACGGCGAAGCUGAUCAACGCCAACGAAAUCACCGUUGGAUUCAAGGACGUGGCUGGUUGCGAGGAAGCCAAAAUCGAAAUCAUGGAGUUUGUCAACUUCCUGAAGAAUCCUCAACAGUACAUUGACUUGGGAGCAAAGAUCCCAAAAGGUGCUAUGCUGACUGGUCCACCCGGUACCGGUAAAACCCUUCUUGCCAAGGCGACGGCCGGUGAAGCCAAUGUUCCCUUCAUCACCGUGUCGGGAUCGGAGUUCUUGGAGAUGUUUGUCGGUGUUGGUCCAUCCCGUGUGCGGGACAUGUUCGCAAUGGCUCGAAAGCACGCCCCCUGUAUAUUGUUCAUUGACGAAAUUGACGCCGUUGGUCGGAAGCGUGGUGGAAAAAGUUUCGGCGGUCACUCGGAACAGGAGAACACUUUGAACCAACUGCUGGUCGAGAUGGACGGUUUCAAUACUACAACGAACGUUGUAGUUCUAGCCGCUACCAAUCGGGUUGACAUUCUGGAUAAGGCCCUGUUGCGUCCGGGGCGGUUCGAUAGGCAAAUUUUCGUGCCCGCACCGGACAUCAAAGGUCGUGCCAGUAUUUUCAAAGUGCAUUUGGGUCCUCUCAAGACUGACUUGAACAAAACGGAUUUGGCGAGGAAGAUGGCUGCUCUGACGCCGGGAUUCACCGGUGCGGACAUUGCUAACGUUUGCAAUGAGGCCGCUUUGAUUGCAGCCCGCGACUUGAACGAAUCUAUCAAUUUGAAACAUUUUGAACAAGCAAUAGAACGUGUUAUUGCCGGUAUGGAGAAGAAAACCAACGUCCUCUCACCCGAUGAAAAGCGCACCGUUGCCUAUCAUGAAGCUGGUCACGCCGUAUCCGGAUGGUUCCUGGAGCAUUCAGAUCCUCUGUUGAAGGUGUCGAUCAUUCCGCGAGGAAAAGGUCUUGGCUAUGCGCAGUAUUUACCAAAGGACCAAUAUCUACUGACUACUGAACAGCUUUUCGAUCGCAUGUGCAUGACCCUUGGAGGACGCGUUUCGGAGGAACUUUUCUUCGGACGGAUUACCACCGGGGCUCAGGAUGAUCUUAAGAAAAUCACCGACAGUGCUUAUGCCCAGAUAACUCGCUUCGGAAUGAACAAAAAAGUCGGUCAGGUCAGCUUCGAUUCCCAGUCCGGAGAUCCAAUGUUCACCAAACCCUACUCGGAACAGACGUCUCAGCUCAUUGACGAAGAGGUGCGAAAGCUGAUUGACAGUGCGUACAAGCGGACAACGGAUCUACUGGUCAAGCAUAAAUCCGACGUGGAGAAGGUUGCCGAGCGGUUGCUGAAGAACGAAAUCCUCAGCCGGGACGAUAUGAUUGAACUGCUCGGAAAGAGACCUUUCCCGGAAAAAUCCACCUAUGAGGAGUUUGUGGAAGGUACGGGCUCUUUCGAGGAAGAUACCACUCUUCCGGAAGGAUUGUCGAGCUGGAACAAGGAAAAGGCACCCGCAGAGGAGGACGAUUCGAGCAGUAAAAAGCCAACUGAAACGACGAAAGCGUAGUGGAUAGAUUAUUGUUGUAGGGCUAUUUGAAGCAAACACAAAAGUAUAUUGGUACCAUUCGAGUCGACUUCAAUAAAUUACAAAUUGUUGCUGAA